GAUUAAGUGGUGUAUAGAUAAUGGAUGGAUGGAUGGAUGGAUGGCUCCUGAGACUACAUAUCUCUUUUGUACUCAUUUUCAAUUAUUUUAUCACAGUUCUACCAAAGCAAAAGGAAGAUGACUUUGAUCUACUUGGUGAUUUUCUGGUUCUUUUUGAAGACCAGCAGAUGCCAGCUUCAGUGUGUUCAAGAAACCUUUGAUGACACAGAGUUUUCCAUCAAUGUGACAGAACACAUUCAAUUGGAGUCUAGCAGCUGUCAUGAGAUCCCAUACAAACUGACCUUUCUAACAAACAACGUUACAGCUCCCUAUGAAGUGAUAUGGUUUGAAGGAGAUCCAGCAAAUACUGUGGCAGUAGCAGUUAUCUCAGAGGUGGAAUCUGAGACACAAGACUCAUUCGAGAUAUAUGGCCUUCCACAGGGAGAGUAUGAGUAUGGCCUCAAACUGGAAUGGGGGUGUAAUCAGACAUAUAUUUUUCCCAAGAGAGUUCACAUCUCAGUUUCUGAAUUAACCCAAAAACCAGAUAUUUGGGUUCCUCACAUGGUGGAAGGAGAAGAUGUCACAAUAACAUGCAUAGCUGAACGUUUAUGCUACGGCGAAGAAGGUAUCCACUGGAAAUGGACAAAAGCUGAUGGAGUGACUACAGUGAUUCAUGAUGAUGAUCAUUUCUCAUUUCACUGGAGGAAUACAAAUGCAUUACACCUCAGUCCUACCGCAGACGAUCACAACAGCAACCUCACAUGUGUGGUUGAACAUACACAUGAUGUUGUUGAAACAACUGUCACCUUGAAUGUGCAAUAUUCACCUAAAAUCCUAAAUAGCUCCGAGUGUAGGACUGAAGGGAAGCUGCUGGUCUGUACGUGCAUCAGUCAGGGGAAUCCUCUGCCACCGAUCACCUGGCCGUUGGACACCCUCACAGAUUACUCAGUCAGCAGCUUCAGUAGCAUCCAAACAGUGACCAGCACCAUCAUCCUGCCUGCCGCUGACUACCACAACGCCACUGUCAAAUGCAGCAGCAGCAAUGAAGUGGGCCUGUCUGCAAUUGAAAUUCCAGUUCCAAAUGGCACAGAGAAUUUAAGGCUGGACCCUGGCGUGGAUUUGAACCAUGAGUAUGAUGCAGUCUUUCCUUGGAUAAUUGUUGGUGUGUCUUUAAGUCUGAACCUGGUCCUCCUCACCACCCUGAUCAUCUGCAUUCGUAAAGGGCGUAAAAGUUCUCCGAAGGAACUUUGUGAAGAAAUGAACACUUACGCUUCUCUGAAUGUCGCGGAUGUUGAGCAACCCUACGGCAAUAUCUCCUUAUCAAACCAACGAAAAUGAGUUUUCCUUUAGUUCACUGAGACACAUUAUUUUAGCAGAAGAUGAUUUCAGUCCUAGAGUCGUGUUUUGUUUUCAUAAAUAUAUUUUGGUUUUGAUAUUUAAACUUACUGAACAUGAAACUGAAAUUGAUUGCUGUAGACUGAUUCAAUGAUGAUAUUGUUGACACAGAUCACUCUUCACUGUUUUAUUUUGUUGGUUAAUGUCAGUCAUCUUGUAUAAAGCAACCGAAAGGUCUACCUGGGUAUUUGGCAUUUAUCAGAUGUUUGGAGGACAGUUAAGUCACCAUAUUAAAGAGUGAAGGAGGGUUAGAGGGACUCACUUCCGGAAGGAAGUGCUACUCUUAGUCAAACUGGGUUAAGGUCUGCAUGUCACUGUAUGCAUACAACCCCAACGCAUUUCUAUAUGCUGUAGAAGGUUACAUAAUUUCCUGUAAAUGACCACAUCCUGAUAUGUGUUUUGAGAGAUACUCUCACCUCCAUUUUGUCUCUGGUUUUUGUUAUUUGUGUCAUUUCACAGUCAGCUUCACACGAGACAAAGAUGGAAGCAAAUUCCAUGUACAGAUACAUGCAGUAAAUAACAGCUGGUAUGUGUAUUACAACUAAAA